GGAUCGAUGCUGGGGGAUGACGUCAUGGUCGUUGUUUCGAAUGUCGGGAGCUAGCGCUGGGUAGGAGGCCGCGCGCUCUGCUGGGGACGAAACUUGUACAAAUCUGAAGCCCAAGGUCGUCGACAGCCCCCGGUACCUUGAAUUUCAGGUAUUGUCGUCUUCUUGGAUCGAUAUGAGAGACCACCGCCGCGUGAAACCUCUUUUAAACGAGCAAGGACACUGUCGAGAAGCGCACUGUUUUUAGGGCUGCCUGAUUAUGCUAGUGGUGCGGCUAAUGCGAGCCUUGCUAACACUAGCGUUUAUUCGAUUUUAAACACACCGUUUGUUUGUAGUUUGUCGCCGUGGGUGCUUGGUAUUAUUUAUUUUCUCAAUUUUCGCCACAGUGGAAGACUACUCGGCGAGUUCUGACCUUGUUUUUGCGACGGUAUUUAGUGCCAGACAGACAAAACAUCCAGUGAGGCUGUUUGCUAAUGUUACAGUGUUUGCUUUGAGCUAUGUAAGCACAGGACGACAAUUGUUUCUGCUGCGGACAAACUCACACCGGGGGGACAGUCAGCUGUAAGUUGUUUAGCUGGAUUAUACCCGGUGAUAACGUUAACCACUGCCAGUUGUUCACUUAUUUUGGCCGUUUUGUAAAGUUUUCUGGGUGUUUAGAGGAGAUGUGUUGUCGCUUUUGUUCUUGUUUUGUUAACUUUGUCCUGAUAAAACCCACCUCGCUUUGCGGCGGAAGAAGGCAGAAACUAGCUGAGCUGGUGGCUGGUGUUUUUCACAGAGAGCAACCUGCCUGUUAAAAAUGUAUCUGAGUGUGUAUCUAUCUUUAUAACGCUGCUUUUUGUUCAUUUAUCGUAGUUUUGUGGCGGCUCAACAGCUUAUUAUUGUAAAACUGGUACAUUGCCUAAAGAAAGCAAGAGGAGCACUGCAAGUAAAAUACACUUAAAUGAUCAAUUUUCGGACAAAUUCACCUGUAACAACAGCUCACACUGAAGGAUAGUGAAAACUGCAGUAUGCUUAUAAAGUCAGACUUAGAAUAAUGAUAGAAGUAAAGAUCAGACUGUGUAUGCUCUAGAUUAAUGUGGUGAUGUGUAUGCCAUUACUUGAUUACUGUCAUUUUUCGUGUGAGCGGGAUUAAGUCUUUUGUAUGACUGAGAAAUACAAACAACAUCUGAUUCUGGUGUAAAAGCCGAGUUGGACUUUGUCACUGUGGUUGAAUGGUACUUGGGUUUCAGAAGGAAUGAACCAUCUUGAGAACUUUCAAUUACAGCCAACUGCAAUUAGUACUCCAUAACCCCUCUCAUUUCUAUGACUCUGCUCACUGCUCCAAUGGCAGUCUUUGAACUCUGUCAGCUUCAAGACACUACUAAAGUCAACUAUGACAUUAUGAAUCUGUCUGACCUUGUCAAUGAGAAUUACAAAUUUAGAGGCUUCAUAAAAAUAGAAUUUAUGGUGGAGAUUAGAUUGUCCAGGUGUUCAUAUGAUGGCUGUUUUUUAUGAGGGCCCCACCGAUACCGAUUAUUAGGGAGGGGAAAAACCUGAUUACCAAUUAAUCGGCAGAUUUUUUCAAAUUUGUUAUGGAGUUAUAGAACAAUAUACAUAUAUAUACUGUAGAUAUCUACAGUAUACUAUAUACUGUGGAUAUGCUGCAGGCUACUGCUCUUCAUGCUGACAGGAAGACUGACUGAUCAAAUACGGACCAGAAAAGUGUUUUCAAUUACCCCCCACCCCCACCGAUCGGUGCCUCCGCGUCUUUACUCUCGUUACUCAUUUCCGGUCCGGUCUCAUCUGUAGACAUGCAGCUGCCUCAGUAAGAGAAGUAGCUCAAUCAAGUAAUGUGUACUGUUGUUAAUCCUACCGUUACUGACACAGAUAACAGUGUAGCAAGGCUAAUAGCAGAUAGCUAACUCUAACUUUAGCUUGCAUAUUACACGGCGCUUCACAGUUAACUCAGCGUGACCGAGACCAGCACAGCGGGGAACAACGUGAAGUGGGUUGAACUGAAACUUGUUGACUUAUUGUGUAUUUCACAAACUGGUUUAUUUACUGUUGAGGCAGACCACUCUCCUCCGUUCAUCCCUGAGCUGCCUGCUUCAGAUCCAUCACUUUGCUGUGCUGUGAGGUAGUUAGUGAAUGAAGAUUGUCAUGAGGUCGCCGCGCCAUCUACAGGAUAAGUUGGGGAACUUUUUGUCGAAGUAAAAACUGAAUCUUAGGGCGCGUUCACACCACCCUUGUUUAGUCCGGUUGAACCGAACCCUGGAGCGGUUACCCCCUUGGUGUGGUUCAUUUGGGUUGGUGUGAGCGCUGACCUCGAACUCUGGUGCGGACCAAAUAAACGAACUCUGGUCCACCUGAAGAGGUGGUCUCGGACCACUAUCAAGUGAACUCUGGAGCUGUUCAUUUCUGGUGUGAACGUCAUCCACACCAAUCACAGGAAACGCACGACACACUCUCAUAGGCUCUUAUUAAUGCAUGUCGCCGUCUCGUCUUAAUCCAUCUGUUGUUUGCAGCACGUCUACUCCGGAAUGUAUUAAUUAAUGUCACAGUAAGCGCUCGCUGGCUAACGAGCCAUCUUUUGAUACGUGCUCCAGAUGAGUAGCAAAAGCAAAAUCAGCUUACGAUGCUCCAUGACAGGUGAAGACAGCAGAGUGAGGUUUGUAUUCCCACAUUAACUAAUGAGCAAUAACCGAACGAUAUUCGCAGUCACGUGACUUGCGGUUCUGUUUUCUGGAGCAAUUUGAGUUUGUCUUUUGUGAAUGAAAACCGGAGCAGUUAAACAAUCAAAACAAAUGUAUCGUCUUGCCUUGGAUUCGAAUCAGGAAACAGACCUUUAGGUGUGAACAUGACCUUAUUCUCUGCAUUUUAUUUCUGAAAGUAUCGGCAAAAAUCAGCAAGUUUUGGCCGAUUACCGAUUAGUCUCAAACGGGCUACAAUUGGCCAAUUUAAUCCAAGUUUUCGGCCUAGUAGAGCUCCACUAUUAGAUUGUCCAGGUGUUCAUGUUAUGGCUGUUUUUUUUACAGUACAAAGUUGCAAUUUCAUUAACUUGUAAAUGCUGACUGUGGAUAAUUUCUGCAAAUCCUUUUUUCAGGAAUAUCCUCUCCCAUCCCCCUUACCCCCUCUGUUAGAGCAUGGCUCAGGAGACCAAUCAGACACAGGUGCCAAUGCUUUGCACUAUGGGAUGUGGUUUCUACGGUAACCCCCGCACCAAUGGCAUGUGCUCCGUCUGCUACAAGGAACACCUUCAGAGACAACAGGGAGGGGGGAGAUCUAGCCCCCCAGGAGAGAAAGGUAGGGGAAUGUUGGAGACUGUCUUUUUUUGAGCAAUGUGGAUGCUGAGUAUUGGUCUGUAUAAUGGGAGAGACAAAAAAAAAAGAGCAGGAAGUCAAUAGUAAGGCACAUAGGCAUUGGGAGGUACUGCUAUAAGGGUUCAACUAAGGUAAAAGUACUUGCCUACACAGGGUUUUUCCUGGCUCAAAUUGAGGCAGAGGUGGCACCAUCCUGACCAUGCGCCACGACGUGCAUGUAUUUGUAAAUUCAACCGAUUCACUUUCUUUUACAGGCAACAUACUUUAAGUUAAGAGUUCAAGAAAGAGUGUGACCAUUAUUAUGUUAAAGCAUUCAUUUAUUAAAACUAUAUACAUACACAAAUCAGCUGGCAACUUUAAAUUGAAAGUACACUUCAUCCACACAUCUCGCAACCAUACAGAACAUUUCAGCCUCCUCUUUUUCAUUCUGUAGAACCUCCUCAUGCACUCCUUGUAGUCCAAGGCCUCCUGGUCUGGUCCAUCAACGGCCACCUUACAACAGACAUCCAAGUGCCUCUCCUUCAGUCUGUUCCGCAGAGGUGUCUUCACCUUAAACAAAACAAUUCAUCAUGCAUUAAUUAUUUUUGCUUUUAUUCUGACACAGACAUGAAGAGUGAUUGUGUUUUCAAUCAUAUAUAUGUAUAUGCUGCAGUGUCCUCCCUAAAAAAACGACAACCAAUUAUUUCUUAAACUGUCUAAACUAUGUUAUUUUAGUUUUUGUAACUUUAUUAGUUGAGUUUUUUUAGGUACUACCAUCUUUAAUAUACUUCUCCUUCUCUUCUGCUGCUUUGUGAACGACUAUCACCUCAUGUCUUUUUUAAUGUGUCCAGCCUGUAGUUGGUUGAUGGCUGUCUCACUAAGGAGGCAGCAAUUGCCUGCUGUGUUGGGGCACAGUGCUUUUGGCAUAAAUAGCAGUGCAUACCCUCCUCAGUAUGCCUGAGCCAGGUACAUUGAUUGAGCCACUGCUUGUCAAAGCCACUGGCUCUGUGUUUUUGAGAAAAUCUGGAAAGAGGAAUAAAAACCACGUUACACGUCGGCUUUGCGUUGUUAUGCUCCUAAUUGGAAACUAAUUAAUUAAUUACCCUCGCCUCGCCGACUCGUCCUGUCCUGCAUUCUGACCCUCGCGAUCACCAGUCCCUUCUGAAGUACUUUCAGACCUGACACAAAUUUCCACGUUGCCACCACCAUGAAUUAUAGCAUUUUAACUGCCUGUUACGUUUUUUCUCUGCCGUGUUUCACCUGGACUCUUGACUUUCCUCCUCGCGAGGUCGCUUUUUAAAGUACUGGCUGAUUUUGCCUGUCAUAACUGCAACGCUAAAAACGGAGGAAAUUUUUUUUUAAAUAAACACGUCAUGCUUGGAUGCAAAAAAGACAAGCAGUAUUUACCUGUUUGUACCAUCCGCCAGGGAAAAUCAGGACGCCGAUAGCACCAACUAGCGGGAAAAAACUUGAAAAAACAUGAUUCGAUCCGUUUCUUCUUCGGUAGAUGCUUCAGGUCUUUCCGGUGCACUGCUGUUGAUAUAGCGCCUCUAUAGUGGCGCAACGCUGCAACUGCAGUUAAAAUACGUUGCUGCUGCAGAGGGACAUCAAUCGCUCAAUCAACACAGCUGGAGCUUUACGCUGUGUUGAGCGAAAUCAAUCGCUCUGGCUGGGGGCGGCACAAAAUUAGGUGGAGGCGGCCGCCACGCAAUUUUGAACGCAGGAAAAACCCUGCCUACAGUGUCGCAACAAGCCAGAAGGAGUGACAACUCAAUCUGAAAAACAUAUCAUUAAUGUAGUCAAUGCCAACGAUGACUGUCUGAAAGUAAUUUUAAACAAAUUAAAAGCAACGACUAUCCAGGGCGGGAAACAACCUACUUCGUGUAAGUGGUACCAUCAAACUUUUUUGUUUUUCCACUCAGCUGCCACAUCACCAUCAGGAUCACCAGGGUCAGCUGGUGUGACUGUGGAAAGUGCACCCUCAGAGCCCAGUACAGAAGUGGCAGGAACCCCACCUGAGGAACAAACAACCAGGUAUGUUGACUGACUUACUGGGAAAUUGCUCAAAUUAGGUCAUUUUAAGAAAAAUUUUAGAAAACUUUGGCUUCCUGUUUUGUGCAAGGUGUUUUUUUCUGUAUGUAAUACCGUGAUUGUCAUAACAUGGAAAUAAAUUGUCAAUAUCUCAAGAAGACUGUCCGUCAGUUCUUAUUGUUCCACACACAGCCUGUUGAGAUAAUGUUACAAUCAAUCUGUUACUCAAACAUUUUUAACUUUCCUGAUGCAGCUGAGCUCUCGAGUAAGGGCUCUUUUUAAAUUCAUACAAAAUUGUUGAUUGAUGUAAAGGAGUUCAUGUACAACAGGUAAAGAAUUAUGCUUAGUAAACGAGUUAUUACAGCACCUUAGAAUCCUAACAGUAUAAGCAGCACCCUGACGUAAAGAUAAAGGCUCAUUGACACCCUAUGUUAGAUACUGAUACAGCCAAAACUUCAGAUUACAGAUCAUGUUAAACAUGAAAUAUAAUUCCAUACUUUGAGAAAUCAAAUUUUCAAUCCACGUCUUGUGGCGUGUUGAAUGAUAACAAUACCUCUGAUUUUGCCUCUGUCCUAACAAAUUCAUCAUUAAUAUCUCCUCCACUGUGGUCACAGUCUUAGUUGUUAUAAACUUUUGACACUUUCUUCUUUUUGGGGGUAACUUCUGAGCCUGAGCGGCACCCUUUGAUAGAUUUUUUUUGCUUCACAUCCAUUCCAAUUCAGAAGUUGGCAUGGACUUAUGAAGAUUAUGAGAGUUACACUGUUUAAAACUUAUAGAUCUACUUUUGUACAUAAUGAGGGCAUAAAUGGGCCCUAUUGGGCCCCAUCUUAUUAUGGCUAAGAGCGCUUUUAGGGUUUGCUUCAGUUAAAGCAAUACUUUUCUUUUUCGCAAUGUAAUAAGCAAAGAAAGUAUUCUGAAGAUGAUCUCCUGAAGUGAAAUUGCCUUAUUAAAUUGUUAACAUUUUUGUUUUAAUAUGUGCAGUUUUGGCUGUUUUUUUUUUUUACUUUAAAGGUAAUCAAAGUAAAUAAGAAAUUCAACAAUAAGUGGGUUUUAUUUGAGCGAGCUUGUGGCGAUUGCAUCGUGGUAUGAUUUACCACAACUAUAUUUCAGAGUUUCUCCUUGAAAGCCCGGAUUAGCCCUGUCGAAAUGAGUCUAAUUAUCAGAGAAGUAAUAUUACUUUUCUGUAAAUGGGUUUAGUCUUCUCUGAAAGUCUACGGAGCAGUCUAAGCAGCCAUUUGUCCCCAUUGUGGAGAAAAAAUGUUAGAAAUAAUUAGAGGGGAUUUGCGCCUGAUUGGUCUGUGUUGUGUAAUCACGUAUAAUUGCAUUGUGUUCAAUAUGCUUGUGCCAUAUUGUUUUUUUUUUUUUUUUGUAUUGACCCCAUCUAUUUGUUUUUGCUUCCGACUUGUUAAAGUGAUAAUUACUAAUCAAGCAAAGUUCACAAAGUUGUUUUGAAGGGGUGUGCUGAAUCUCAGUUUUCAAAAUUAAGUCAGUCUCCUGACAAAACAAUUUAGAUGAUCGAUAUCGAAGGGUAAAAUGCAAGAUGCAAAACAUUAUGUUUAUUCUUUUGUAGAAAAUACAGACCCUGUUUAAAUGUUUGUUCACCUAAUUUUCCCAAAGAAACCCCCCAAAUUCUCCUGAAAAGAUACCUAUAUUUGAUAACAUCUGCGAUUUGACUCUGUAAACAUAGCUCCUUGCCAUACACUUCAAAACCACUUUGUUGUCCUUGGUUUUAAUGUCUUGUUUGAUAAAAUAUUGGCCCUAAAUGUAUUAUUAAUGUGUAACUUUUGGGGGUUCGUGUUUUGAUGUCAGUCCCAGCUCUCCUAGCCCAGUAACCCAACAGAUGACAGCCAUGAGUAUCUCCCAGGAUUCGGGAGCUGUGGACUCUGAUCGAGCGGAGGCUGAUGAUGGGGAAGAGGAGGGCACAUCCAGCAGUUCAGGUAAACAUCAUAGAAAACAGCAGUUCAAAGGCUCCAACAUUAACAUAGCUCCAACAUACAUCUCUGGAUGGUUUACUUACUAGAAUGUAAUUAACAUGUGGUUAGGAGUUCUUAUUUUACCAUCAGAGGCAAACCCACUGUGCAAAAACACAUUUAGAUGGCAAGUUAGCAAGUCAGUCUGGUUUCCCCAUGGUUGGAUUACUUAAAGAGGGGAUCUUGUACUUUUCCAUAUCAGCAUCCAAAAAUGCAAAGUUACAAUGUUUGAUGUUUGUACUAGAUUUAUGCGGUAUCUAACUUCGAGGUAAACGUAUGUUUUAAUGAUCAUAGAAAGUAGAUGCAAAGUGCUCAAAACAAGUUGUUUGGAAAUCAUACAAUAUUUCACAAAGCCGUCUAUGAGACUCACUAAACCAUGAAGUCAUUGCAAUAGACACUCCUAACCGGUUCAUCUGUGUUUCUGGCAAAACGACCUGCCCCCAGCAACAUGUGAGGUGACACCCACAGCGGAGCAGGGUAACACUGCUCUGCAGCAGUACUCGAUUGCUUAACAGGACCACAGUGGGCUCCAUGCACAGCUUCACUACUUCCUGAACUUAAGGCAGAACCUCUAUUUCCUGUCUUACAUUAUUGGACAAACUGAUUAAUCCAGGUGUGACUGAUCAUUGACUACUCAGACACACCUGGAUUAAUCAGUUUGUCCGAUAACGUAAGACAGGAAAUAAAGGAGCAGCCUUAAGCUCAGGAAGUUGUAGAUCAAUGCAUGGAGCCCAUAGAGGUGGCAGACUCAAAACAUUGAGCUCUGUCCUCAGCCGGCCUUGUAAAGUCUCUGGAAAGGUGUCCAAUCAGAAGACAGUAGGCUUGUGGAUAUGGGGGGGUAUAAUGAAAUUUCAUACACCAUUGUGAGAAAUUUCAGGCUUUUUUUAAAAUCUGAAAAUCAUUUAAAGCCAUAAAAGAAGUAUCAGACAGGAAGUGUAGGGUCUAAAAAAAAUGCAUGAUACCCCCUCUUUAACAUUUUUGAUGCUUCACUAUGUUUUUAUGUUUUUGUAAGUCUUAGAAAAUAUUAAUUAUCCAUAAGUAAAAAACACACAUAAAUCCUUUUGUUUACAAAGUUCUUCCUCUGUAUCUUUCGCUGUCACCAGAGCCAGUAGGGGAAGCAGCACAAGCCUUGUCUGAUAGUGACCAAACUCCUGAUAAAAACAAGAAAAAGAACCGCUGCUUUUCUUGCCGGAAGAAAGUGGGCCUUACUGGUAAGAAAAAAAAGAACCAUUUCACACACACACACUGUCUCUCUCUCACACACACACAUACAUAAUGAGCAGAGAGCUAUUCUUAGCUGCUGACAUGGUUCAAAGGUCCAGGAGUCACGGACCUGCUUUGUUCAGAUUCUGUACCAAACCUGACAAACACUGACAGACUCUGAAAUUUUGUAGUGAUAAUUAUUAAACUUAAGAGCACUGCCACAGUGGUGUUGUAAAAACUGAACGAGAAUAUUAAAAUCUCUUGUCAAAAAGCAGUCAUCCAAGGAGGUGACAUCUUAGCAAUCCUGCAUUCCUUUUAACUGAUCAAAAUGAUAGACGUCUUUGGAGCCAUCAUCUAGAGGGGGCUUAUAUUCUUGGGCGAGUGAGAUAAGAGUUAGUUUGCUGCUGACCUUGAUAACAGCUUUUUUUUCCUCCUCAGUCACCUUAAACCCUGGGUCAGACUCACAAUGCUUUUCUUUUUUCAGGUCAGAUCUUUGUUUGUGGUGUUCCCUGAGGGUUUGGCAAAGGCUGACACCACUUAAAAACAAGAUGAAUGGCAAUGACACAUGAAUUUCGGGUUUCCACCACCUUAUCCAAGUUUCCACGUAGUAUAUGAACUGUUUUUCUCCUGCCCUAAAAGACUAAAUUUCAUUGCAAAUAGACCUCUGAAACUACCCCUCAUGUACUUAAACCAACAGCUCCCUCAUCUGUCAGCAACAGGAAAACUUGCUGUGAAAAUUUCCCAAACCAAAAGACAAACUAAGUACCUUGUACAUAUAUCCCUGCAGUGGCUUCAUUGUGCUUUUUAAAGGGAUUGUAGACUAACAGGAUAGAUUACAAUAGUGUGUACUUGUCCUCAUAGAGUGUUUAUGAAGAUAAAACCCUGUAACUCCCCUGUUUGUGUAGUGUUUCUCUUCCCUCCCCACGGAGACACUUGUACAGAGAGCAACAUACUGCAGGUCGGUGGUGUAUUUCGCAGUCGGAGGCAUUUCACAGCACACUGUGGGCCUCCGCCAUUUUGCCAGUCCUAGUUGCCUCCAUGAACAGUCCAGUAAUUAUUUUGUGUUUUCAAGUAACAAUUCAUCAAUUCAUUUUGGGCAUACACUCAACCAAAAUGCUCGAACCUUGUGCUGAGUUAUAGUCAGUAUAUAUGUCCAGUUGUGCUCACUUUUGGGUCAUUUUUUUCUACAGAAGUUUAAGGAAAUUUUGAUUUAAAAAGUAGAAAACUUAGCAUGACUGCAGGUUCUGGUGUUCUAGGAUUAUGGAAUACAUAAAGAUUUGUCUGACCCGUGGAGGUCAGCAGUGCAGCUCUUCUCCAUCUUCUUCUUAACAGGUAUAAAGUAAUGAGGCUUUAUUAUUGACUGAUCAUGUUCUCUUCUCUUCACUUCAGGUUUUGACUGUCGCUGCGGCAACCUAUUCUGUGCCAUUCACCGUUACUCUGACAAACACGACUGUCCCUAUGAUUACCGGAGUGCAGCCGCUGCCCGCAUACGCAAGGAGAACCCCAUCGUGGUGGCUGAGAAAAUUCAGAAGUUAUGAGGACUGAGUGCAAAAACAAAAAAGUCUCUGCUGACUUUGUGAAUUUGAACAAUGGCGACUUGGAUGAAAACACCUGAUAUCAUGGCUUCAUUUGUUCAUGGUAGUCUAAGACGGGUGGGGUGGGGUGGUGAGGUCGCAACCACUGUCCAGACGCUUCCCUUACUAGCAUCUCCCUCUCUCUCCGCUAGUGACUGCAGCUGAACCUGAGUGUUUCUUUGUGUGUGUGUGUGUUUGUAUGAAAGCGUGCGUGUGUGUGUGUGUGUGUUUGCAUAUUUGCUUGAGAGUUGGGGAGAGAGCCGUAUGAGCUUGGUGGACUGUUGUGUUGCUGUGGGGAGGGAAGGCAUUUUGAUUUUUACCCCUUUUUGUUUCUUAAGGCGGGGGAUCGUGUGAGCUUAUUUUUAUACAAUCCCUGUAAGGUAGUUGAAUUGAGACAGGGGUAAGCUGUUAAGGAAUGUGUCACAGCUUGGAAACUGGCACAGAGCUCAAUUAAGGUCUAGCAAGUUUAAAAAAAAGAAAACAAAACAAAACUAACCGGGAGAUUUCAUUUAUCAGCGAGACCUUUCAAGGGCUUUGGAAUACGAUUUUUUUUUUUUUUUUCUCCGGGACUGAAAAUGAUGUCAACCUCUUGUCAAAUUGGCAUUUUCUUUUCCUCCCACCUCUUUACUGUCUGGGUCACAACAUGUCAUACUCCCAAGUCUCAGCAAUUCCCAGAAAUGUUUCUCUUUGAUAUAAUAACUUAUCAUACUGAUAUUGGGUGCAUGAACAGUUAUUAGAGGGGGAUGGCAGGGGAGGGCAAGGGGAGGGGAAACCUUGACUUAACUGAGUGAUUGAAUUCUGUGUUUUUUUGUUUUGUUUUUUUGUUUUGUUUUUUUAAUUUUUUUUUCUGUUUUAAUGAGCGUAUGACAUCAGAAGAUCUAUAUUAAUAUAUUGUAGUUAGCUUGAAUCGUGUGAUUGCAUUCUAUUUAUUUUUUAUCGUUUGGUUGGUCUAUGCUGGAGGAUUGGCAGCAUGUGUCAGCAAAUCAUUCAGAUUUGCACCAAAUCAUUACAAGUAUAUUAAAGUAAUUCCAUCUUGAUUAUAUAACCAUCGAAGUUUUAAAAAAAAAAGAUACACAAGCUCUGACAUGGUGAGGUAGAAUCCCGUUAAGCAGUAACAGCUACAGUCAAUGCAGCAAAACGUCCACUGUUCUGGAUCCGGAAACAAAGCACAACAAAGUGUGUCAACUGCAGAGCACAAACUUCUGUGCCACACCUGCUCAGUUUCGUUCAGCAUUUGGGUCAUUUGCAGUUUAUAUUUGAUCAAUACAGCAAGCUUGCUGAAGAGAUCACCUUGUGUGAGACACUCUGAGAAGUCCUGUUUUAGUCGGAUGAUGUGUUCUCCUUUUAAUGCCAUUUUCUGUUCUGUGGAGUCAAAGUGAACUCCAUGUUUCUCUAACCACCAGCAGACCACUGACACAUGCUGAAUGAAAACUGACCCGGGCAGCAGUCGACUUACUGACACACCUUCUGCUCAGCUUGAAGUAAAGAUUGUUGUAAUGCUGCAGAGCUGCGUGCCGCGCUUUAAACGAUGUGCUCAGAUUCAGACGAGUCCUCGCUAUGAAGACUGCUUCUAGCUAGCUUCUUUUAGGAAGUUCAAACUAACAUGCAUGUUACAAGGGGGUUGCAGUUUUGUAAGGGACUGCACAGUUUGAAACGAAGCUGGAAUGUUUUAAAAGCCACACAGCAGUAGCACAAUGCAUGGCUGGAACCCUAAAGGUUCAAGUUAACAGGACUCUACAGUUUUUUUUCCAACUGUAAAUACCAUAUGGCUCCGAUUCAUAUAGUAUACUCUUAAUGUAGAUUUUUGCCAGGUAAUUAAGGUGGGGGUCUAAGGUAAAGAAUAGUUCUAUGUGUACAAAAGGAAUUUUCAUAAUUGUCCAAAAAAAGGUAACAGAUUAUUCCUUCUUCUUCUUCCCCCUUUAUUUAACAAGUUAUGUAACACAUCGCAUUACCCAUUAAGUGUCCAAAAUAUUGAAUACUGGCUUUGUCAUGAGUGUCUCCUGCAGACUGUGUGGUUUCUACUCUAUAAUACCAGUCCGAUUGUUAAUAAGCAGCUGUAAGCUUUAUUAACCUUGCGAAACUACACCGUAUCGAAGCCCAUGCUUUUAUAUUGUUACUGAAGUUUAUUCAUAACAGAGUGAUAUUACAGAGUUAAAAAGUCCCCUUGUGAGAUAGAAGAGGAUAUUCCAGGUUCACCUUUUCAUUAUCAAAAGCUUUCGGUAUAAAUGUUGCUUGAUCUCGAUCAUUAAAUAUUUAUGAAGAGCUGUUGAAAAGUCGAGAACUUUGCAGAGUAUGCGUUUUCAAAAGUAAGGCAAUGCAGAAUUUGGGGGAGUGAGUGAAACUUUUUCUACAAAGACUAUUACACCGUGCAGGGUUCAGUUUGGUUUUGGCACGUUUGAUUGGAAAAUAGGCUUACUUCAAAAUUCCUGUGUGGGUGAUGGACACGUCUAAAUGGCUUUGUGACUUGGCGUGUCGACUCUUGGACUGUUUUUCUUGGAUAAAUCAGUCGCUGACUGAUCUCGUCACCACUAGUGGAAAAAUUAGACUUUCUGGAGAGUCUUGAUUGUGUGAUUGUCAUAUUAGGGGAAACUGCAGCUUGUUGUCCCCUUAUGUGUAUCUUUAUAUAUGCAGAGUAUUAAAACGUUCCUGCUCAGUUAUGAACUGAAGAUAUUUUCCACAAAACCGCUUUGUUUUCCUUAACAGAUGGUGAGUUACUUAACAGGAGAAAGUCCUAUACUUGGAAUGAUUGUUCAACUUUCCAAAGUGUGAGCAUUUAAUAAUCUCCUAUUGCUGUUUUUAGUGACUGCUCAUAUCAAACCCAACAUUUUAUUUUCUUCAACAUGAGCGGUUUGAAUGUAAUCCACCAUAAUUCACAAGGUAAACUGUUCUGCUAUCUAUCAAAAUCCUCAGUUCUUUUAUUGGCAUUGUUUUAGGCAGAGGAUGGAGGCCAUUCAAGUGAUUUGGGACAGUUGGAUAGAUACAAUAGUUUUGACUGCUUAUGAUGAGGACUUGGCACCAGCAAAUAGGGCAACCAUACCUGAAUAAUCAAGAUAUCACUUCAACAUAUACGUUUUUCUUUCUUCCGUUCUGUUGCUUUGAUAGAGUUUUGAUGUCUUCAAUCCUGUCUUUAGCACAACCUUCCAUAAUCAGUGUCUUCAUUGUGCAAGGGUUUUGAUUGAUAAUAAUGAUGAACCUGUCAGAUGUGAGGAAUCUGAUUGAAAUUCAGUUUCACUGCAGAGAUGAGACACACCAGGACAACUCGAUUCAUUGUUUGUCAAGAUGAGCUUGAGGGGCAUCAAAUGAUAUCUACAAUGUUCACAGAGCUGUAGUUCUUGUCCCAUGGCACUCCAGUCCCCCAGAAACACCACCAGAUAUCUUUUAUUUUUUUUCUUUCAAGAUUUAGGAUUGUAUGAUGUGUAAGAGUAAGUAUAAAACAAUAAAUUCACAAAGUUUAUUUUAAAUUACA